AUGCCGCCGCCGACGACGACGACGACGACGAGCGAGAGACGACGCGACGCGCCGCCGCCGCCUCGGUCCUCGCGCCCCCCGCGCGCGCUCGUCGAGGUCCUCGCGGAGGAGCACCGCGACGCGUACGACAACAUCCUCUCCCGCCUCGACGGCACCUCGCGCGCGCUCCUCGCGGAGGCGUCGCCCAUCCUCGCCGACGCGCAAACCGCGCGCCUCGCCCCGGGCGAGCGCGCGCCGCGCGUGAACAACGAAAGACUCGUCGACUCCGUGUCCCUGCUCGAGCUCGCCCUCCGACGAGGGCUCUGUCGCAAGAGCUCGGUCCCGAGCAGCACGGCGUGGACGCUGAACGGCGUCGACUGCGUCAUCCUCGCCGCGAAAGCCGGCAAGCUGGACGUGCUGCGGCACCUCAAGGCGCGUUCGUUCUAUUACCACAGUGGUCCCCGUACGGCCGCAUCGGCGCGGUGA